AUGGGUAAACCAAAAGUUCUUAUAAUAGGUUCUGGAGGUGUUGGAACAAUUUCUGCAUUAUCAUUAACUCAUAAUAAUAAAUCAGAAGUAACAUUAAUAGUAAGAUCAGAUUAUGAAUUAAUUAAAAACCAAGGUUAUUCAAUUGAUUCAUGUACUUAUGGGAAAUUAAAAAAUUGGAAACCUCAUAAUUUAGCAAAAUCAGUUGAUGAUGCACUUGAAAAAUAUGGUCCAUUUGAUUAUAUUUUAUUAACUACAAAAAAUAUACCAGAUGGUCCAAUAACUUGUGAAGAAAUUAUUGAACCUGCUUUAAAAACUGGUAAAGAAGUUAUAAUAUUAUUACAAAAUGGUAUAAAUAUUGAACAACCAAUGAUAGAAAAAUUUCCCCAAAAUUUAAUAUUAUCAGGUGUAAGUUUAAUUGGUAGUACAUAUUAUAAUGGACAUGUUGAAAAUAAAGGAUUAGAUUCUGUAUUUUUAGGAGAUUUUAAAAAUCCUCCUAUACAUCCUGAAUCCCAAGACAAGAUAAAUGAAUUUAUUUCAAUAUAUCAUAAUCCUGGCUUAAAUGAUAUAAAACAAGAUCCUAAUGUUCAAAAAACAAGAUGGGAAAAAUUAAUUUAUAAUUCUGCUUUUAAUACAGUUACUGCAUUAGUUAAUUUAGAUGUAACAAGAAUUCAAAUAAAUAAUGCCAAUGAAGAAAUCAUAUUACCUGCAAUGAAAGAAGUAAUAGCUAUUGCAAAAAGUGUUGGAAUUGAAUGUGAUGAAAGUAAAAUUGAAAAAUUUUUACAUAUUGGUGAUGGGUUUUUUUAUUCUCCAUCAAUGUGUAUAGAUGCAAGAAAAAAUCAAUUAAUGGAAUUAGAAAUUAUAUUGGGCAAUCCAAUACGUAUAGCUAAAGAAAAUAAUGUUAAUGUUCCGGUAUUAAAUGUUAUUUAUUCAUUAUUAAAAAUGGUUCAAUUUAGAUUAAAAGAAGAAAGAAAAAUGUUUAUAAUUGAUCCAAAAGAUUUUAAAGGAAAUUCAAAUGAUUAUCCAAAAAUUUUUGAAGAAAAAUAUGUACAUAAUAAAUGA